AUGGGAACGCACGUGCUGGUGGCGCUGGCCACCGCCAAAGCCUCCACGCUGCAUGGCUCCACUCCGACUAGCACCACCACCGCCGCCACCCCCACUGCCGCUGCCAUCGCCGCCUCCACCUCCACCGCUGCCACCUUCGCCCCCACUCCCGCCUCCACCCCCACCUCCACCCCCACCCCCUCCACCUCCUCCCCCGCCGUCCCCUCUACCACCCUUGCCCCCCCUGCCCUUGCCGUUGCGGCGCCGUCUCCCACUAGGAGCAGACGCAGCCCCGACCGCCUCGGUGCCAACGAGGUCGACGGCAGCAGCAGAAGCAACAGAGGGCAAAAGGGGAACGAGAGAGCACCCCUCAAAGAAAGGGGCGCGAGGGUUGCCGCGAGACGCUCCUACAGCGACUAUGCUAGUCUCAGCAGCAAGGAGGCGCUCCUCGAGCAGGUCGACGUUGAGCUCACGACUUUGGCAAACGCGGCUAGGUCAGGGAACAAGCACGGCAGCAUGAGGCGGCUGAGGGCAGCAGAGGCAGGGGAGGAGUAG